CUAAGAAAAAUUAAGUUCCAUAAAAAGUGAAUCGAGAUCAAAACCACCCUUGCAUAGUUGUAUAUACCUAAUCCAUCUAACCUCCUAUUUAACACACUUAUUUAUUUAUUUUUAAUCUCUCUCUCCCCUCUCCUCUCGUCUGUCUCAAUUAGGGCAAUAUAAGAAAAGGGCAUCAAAAAGAGCAUCUCUCUGGUUUCAUUCGAGAAAUCUGAACAGUUGAGUGAAAAUUACAGCUAAAAGAAUCAGACCCAACACAGAAUCAACCCAUAAUGUGAUAUAAUUAUCUCUUUUUGCUUGUAUAAACAUAUAGAUUUUAUAUAUUGUAUGAAUGGACAUGGAUAACAUUGAAUGCAUAUCAUCCUCGGAUGGUUUGGAUGAGGAUGAGAUCCAUCAACAUCAUCACCCUCAGUUUUCGUCCUUGAAGCCUCACAAUAACGUUGUCUCUUCCACGAUCCAUCCAACCACAAGCGUUCAUGAGCUUCUCGAAUGCCCAGUUUGUACCAAUUCAAUGUACCCUCCAAUACAUCAGUGUCACAAUGGGCACACACUCUGUUCUACCUGUAAAACAAGGGUACACAACCGGUGUCCCACCUGUAGACAGGAACUUGGCGAUAUAAGGUGUCUGGCAUUGGAAAAAGUGGCUGAAUCACUUGAACUGCCUUGCAAGUAUUGCGCCCUCGGAUGCCCUGAGAUAUUUCCCUACUACAGCAAGCUCAAGCACGAGACUUUGUGUAACUUUAGGCCAUAUAACUGCCCAUAUGCCGGAUCGGAAUGCUCAGUUGUUGGGGAUAUUCCAUGCUUGGUUACUCAUUUGAAGGACGAUCACAAGGUAGACAUGCACUCUGGAUGCACAUUCAACCAUCGUUAUGUCAAAUCUAAUCCACGUGAAGUAGAAAAUGCCACAUGGAUGCUCACUGUCUUCAAUUGUUUUGGACACUACUUCUGUCUUCAUUUUGAAGCUUUUCAGCUCGGAAUGGCUCCUGUUUAUAUGGCAUUUUUGAGAUUCAUGGGUGAUGAGACAGAGGCUCGAAACUAUAGCUACAGUUUGGAAGUUGGGGGAAAUGGGCGGAAACUCAUAUGGGAGGGCACCCCACGAAGCAUCAGGGAUAGCCACAGGAAAGUUAGGGACAGCCACGAUGGGCUGAUUAUACAGCGUAACAUGGCACUUUUUUUCUCUGGGGGGGACAGGAAAGAGCUAAAGCUUCGAGUAACAGGGCGGAUAUGGAAGGAACAGCAGAACCCAGAUGGCGGGGCAUGUAUACCUAACCUCUGUAGUUAAGGCUGCUGGUUGGUUCUUUCUGGAUUGCUCUAUGUUGUGUGGAAUUUAUCUGCUAAUAUUAUCAGUGGAUAGAGAUGUUGAUAUUUUUUGAAAUAUGUAUGAAACUUGCUGCAAGUUUCAGCUUUUAUACAUUGUUUCUGAAGGUUCUUUCCUUGUUAAUAUCAUCAGUGGUUGGCUCUA